AGCUCACUCGCUGUCUGCGGGUUCAUGCACAGCUGGACGGACGCGCGCUUUCCCUGUCCACGGUUCCGAACGCGCUCCCGCACCCACUGCUGGCUUCCACCGCUCCACGUUUAUUUUUCUUCUUCUGUCUUUGUCAUUUUUCUCCUUCUGUCUUUUUCAAAGGUGAAUUCUGAUGGAUUAUUCUCGUUUGUGAUAAAAAAAAUAGGCUAUCGACAAAAUGGAAAAGCGAGGAAUUACAGAAGUCGGAAAGGGAGUUUCAAAGGACAUUUCAGUGACUGUGAAACAAGAUUUUAAUUGAUUGAUUGAUUGAUCUUGGUGUUUUGUAAGUCGUCUACACGGAAUAAAAACGCAUUUUUAUUUUUUUUACUGGGUCAAAAAAUACUGCUCAGGUUUCCACACUCAAGGAAUAUGCUGAAAUAUCUUACAGCCAAUUAAAAUUAAAAUUUCGUAUUCAUAUUGAGUGGAAUAUUAUUUUUGGAGAUGGAUACGGUGAAGGAACGAGUUUUGGCUCCUGGUAAGGAGAGAUUGAGGAAUCUGGCCGGGAAAACCCUGGGACACAUGCACAGGGUGAUGGAGAAGAAGCAAAAGACGGGUGAGGUGAUCGAGCUGACGGAAGAUGGGCGUCCCGCGCAAAUGAAAGAGAAGAAAGCGCCUCUGUGCGACUGCACGUGCUUCGGGCUCCCGCGCCGCUACAUCAUCGCCAUCAUGAGCGGCCUCGGCUUCUGCAUCUCGUUCGGGAUCCGCUGUAACCUCGGAGUCGCGAUCGUCGGCAUGGUCAACAACAGCACCAUUCACAGAGACGGCAAGAUCAUAAUCACAGAGAAAGCUAAGUUUAACUGGGAUCCGGAGACGGUGGGAAUGAUCCACGGCUCGUUUUUCUGGGGCUAUAUAGUGACACAGAUCCCAGGUGGAUAUAUAUCCUCACGACUGGCUGCCAACAGGGUGUUUGGUGCUGCUAUCCUGCUGACGUCCACACUCAACAUGUUCAUCCCCUCUGCUGCACGAGUGCACUACGGCUGUGUCAUGUUCGUGAGGAUCCUGCAGGGCCUGGUGGAAGGUGUGACCUACCCAGCAUGCCAUGGAAUUUGGAGCAAGUGGGCUCCACCCCUUGAGAGAAGUCGCCUAGCAACCACCUCUUUUUGUGGUUCAUACGCGGGUGCUGUGAUCGCCAUGCCGUUGGCAGGAAUAUUAGUGCAGUACUCAGGCUGGUCUUCUGUCUUCUAUAUAUAUGGGUGUUUUGGGAUUUUCUGGUACAUGUUUUGGAUUCUGGUUUCAUAUGAGAGCCCAGCAGAUCAUCCCACCAUCACAGAUGAAGAGAGAACUUACAUAGAGGAGAGUAUUGGAGAAAGUGCCAAUCUACUUGGGCCGUCUGAGAAAUACAAGACACCCUGGAGGAAGUUCUUCACCUCCAUGCCGGUCUAUGCAAUCAUUGUGGCCAACUUCUGCCGGAGCUGGACCUUCUAUCUGUUGCUCAUCAGUCAGCCGGCGUACUUUGAAGAAGUGUUUGGCUUUGAAAUCAGUAAGGUCGGUAUGCUCUCUGCUUUACCCCACCUGGUUAUGACCAUCAUAGUGCCAAUUGGCGGCCAACUGGCUGACUACCUGCGGAGAAAAAACAUCUUAUCCACCACCACCGUCAGGAAGAUCAUGAACUGCGGAGGGUUUGGAAUGGAGGCCACGCUGCUGUUAGUGGUGGGUUUCUCUCACAGUAAAGGUGUGGCCAUCUCAUUCCUGGUGCUAGCCGUUGGUUUUAGCGGAUUUGCUAUAUCAGGUUUUAAUGUCAACCACUUGGACAUUGCGCCAAGGUAUGCCAGCAUCCUGAUGGGCAUUUCUAAUGGAGUGGGCACACUUUCUGGUAUGGUCUGCCCUCUCAUUGUUGGAGCUAUGACCAAAAAUAAGACUCGUGAGGAAUGGCAGAACGUGUUCCUGAUCGCCUCACUGGUGCAUUACGGUGGUGUCGUGUUCUACGGGAUUUUCGCGUCCGGAGAGAAGCAGCCGUGGGCAGAUCCAGAGGAGACCAGCGAGGAGAAGUGUGGCUUCAUCGAUGAAGACGAGUUGGCGGAGGAGACCGGUGACAUCACGCUGAGCAGCGCUCCUUUUGGAGGCCAGGCCGGUCUUGGAGGCCCCGCCAAAACAUAUGGGGCCACAACACAGCUGAAUGGGGGAUGGGCGAAAAGCUGGGAGAAAUCCGAGGAAUACAUCCAGGAGGACGCCGAGCAGACGUAUAGAGGAGACGGGUACUCGUAGAUAUUUCAUUUCCAAUGAGUCAAAACAUAACAAAUCUUUUGAAAUAAGACAAAGUAAAAAAUAAAUAAAGAGAGAUAUAAGUGAUUAUAGACACAGUACUCAACAAGCAUAGCUGUAGGAGUCAGAUACAUCUUUUAAAAAGAGUCUUUAUCCAAUCUGAAUAUUUAAAGAAAAUAUUUAAGAAGGAAUAAUGGAUUGAGAUAUAUAAAUGAGAAUAUACAGCUAAUUAGAUAUAAAAUGUCAUAUUUAGGAUUAUAUAAAGGAUUUAUAUGGCUAAAUCAGUUUAAAGACAAUGUAAAUGUUUCUUU